AACCCAAACAUUAUAGGCAAACACGUCAUGUUUAUUUAACCAAACAAACGAGGAACAACAACAACAAAAAAGACUGGCAAUUGUGAAUCUGCCAUGGCGAUAGCAAAGGGAAAUGGCGUACAUCCGCCAUUGCUUCUCCUUCCACCAUAAACCCUACACUCACGAGCUCAACCAUGACGUAGUAACAUGCCAUGGGAACGCCGAUAAACCGGUUUAAAGACUUGCCAACAUGAUUUGAUCUACUUUUGUAAGACCAGUUAUUAGAAAUAAAAACAUUGAUGUCAGCACUAGUUUGGUUUUUGACAAGACAUAUCCAUCCGCUUUUACUUGAGCGUCAAGAGCAUCAACGAAAGCACCCGGAUGGACUGUCAUGGCCGCCGUCUCUGUCGUUCCACAGAGAGCUGAAAAGCACGUCGAAUAUUGCCGCUGUUUGUUUUUUCCGGCGCCACUGUGUUUUAUGAUGUUCGGUGUCAACGGGACCAAGUGUGAAGUUCCAUCAAGUUAACAAUACUCCUAGUCUUCAGAGAAUCUGACAUCAGUCCUACCUCUUCCUUCCCUAAGGUGCUGCAAUAUUCUCAGGGAUGGAUGAAAAUCUUGAAGGACCUCACAGUUCUGCCUUGAAUUACAUUUUGUCAUCUGCAGAAGACGUAAAAGACUCUCCACGUUUCAAAGAGCGAGGACGCCGUAGUCAAGGCAAUGCAGGCGGCUUGCCUGUUAAGCAACAUGGCUCCACCAGGAGAGCCAAUUAUAAAAUUCAGAAAGGGGCUGUUUUUUCUGGAAACAUCCUGAGUUUUGGCUGCUCAGUGUGUAAGGACCAUUCGACAUACAGCCCUAACGAUCUCCUGAAACAUUUUCGAGAGGCCCACAAAGGGAUUUUACCGACGUACCCUUGUGAUUUGUGCGGAUUUGCCACGAAUGAAUUUGCAGCUCUUCAACGUCACCGAAUUGAGCACAAAAACACUUUGGUUACAUGCGAGCUCUGCUGCGAUGGAAUUGAGUAUUCACUGCUUUUGCUUACAAGACACUACAUCAUGUGUCACAGUUCCAAUGGAAAGUUCCAAUGUGACUGGUGCGAGUUUACAACUGUGGACGCGGGGACAUUUGUCCAACACAUUCACCAUCAUAACGAGAGUCCUUGGAAAUGUUCCAAGUGUCGACAUAUCAGCUUGAACGAAGCGGAUCAUCAAAAGCACCUUAAAUCUCACCGAAGUGUGUUACCUUUAAUUUGUCAAAUCUGUGGAUACUGCGCUACAACCAUCAAGCAGAUUAAAGGACACACAGGAGCUGCUCACUCAGCAGGCAAGCAUCCAUCCAACCAACAAAUCCAUCCAAAUGUAUGGAAGACUUUAGAAAACGGAGCACCCGAUUCUUCACUCGAUUGCCACAAUACGCUUGAAAAUAUUUCCGAGCUGCAAGAAACGCAGAAGUUGCCCAAAUUGUUUGGUAUAUCAGGGAUCUUAUCGAACCAAAAUGGGAGAACAAAAUCUGAGAUGUGUUCUGAGGACGAGGCGCACACUUUCGACGGGACACCGGCAAAAAAACACUCCGCUCAUCGAAACGCUUUGACUGCAGAACAAUCCUCGCCGAUAAUGUUGCUGGACAAUGAUGGCUGCGGCUCUCCGACCAAUCCUAAUGCGCUGACCGUUCUGAUGGUGAAAAACAAAAUCUCUCUCCCCCCAAACUGCACAACCAAGGUGAUGGGAUUUAAGAUGGUUGAUGGGAAGAAACAUCUCGUUCUCAAAGUAAUACCGGUAGCAAAACAAAACAUGUGCACCCAAGACAAUUCAUUAGUAGAUUUGGACUCUUCAGAUAGCAGGUCUGCAUUUUGUAGAAGUGAAGUCCUUGUUGAGAAUGGUGAAUCAUCUGCUAGUAAGAGCUCCACGUCACCUUGUUUUGACGGAAGUGAAUCUUGCAUACAAAACGAUGAUAUCCUGGCAGUUAACAUCAAGGUUGAAGAGGAAGAAACGCCGGUUUUCCCUCUUGAGUCUUCUCCUCAUAGUGAUGAUUUGGGCUUGAGAGGUGGUCAUUGUGUAAACGGCUCUUCAAUUGUAGAGACUGAUCCGAUUGGCAGACAAACGUUUCAUGCAUUUGAUGACAAAUCUGAGACCGUAUCAAAAAUGGCUGACACGUCCACGGAUUAUCCUGUUUCUCACGAGGCAUUACAGGCUAAAUCAACUUGCAAAAACCACGUUGAGAAUUGUGAAGCAGUCGAUGAAGGAAUGAUAACUUCCACGAGAAACGGACAUAUUUUUGACGUGCACAAAGAGAAUUCCUGCAAAUGGCCUGAAAUGACUGCCCAGUGUUCCCAAAGCACUCCAGAAAGUACUGAGAGCACGAGAUUGAUUCACUUCCACGAUUACCAGCAUCCUAAGAAACAUUUGGCAAAUGUGGUUCCUCCAGCAGAGAUGGCCUCAUCCUCCUCUUUUGGAGAAAAUGCUAUAAUACCACAAAGUUCUUUCAACCACCAAGUAUUCGCUUUUCACAAUUAUUCCAAGGAAGCGCUUGGUAUGUCACCCAGAGCAUGUCAUCAAAGUGAUGGUGCGCCAGAACUGACAGCAGGCAGAGAAAUCAAUAAUAUAGCUUCUAAUUUUAGUCCCGCAUUAUCCGAGUUGUCAGAAGCUUUUGACGCUGACGAUGACUGUGUCGACGCAGAUGAGGAAAACCCCGAAUCGGUGCUGAAAGAUUUUAAUGUUAUAAAAAUUGAGGAGGAUCUCAUUCCCGUAUCGUCCAAUGAAACAAGUACUUCAUCUGCAUUGGGCAAUUUUGUAGAGCAACACUCGGAUGAAAUAAUUACACAGCAACUUUAUAAGGAAAGGACUGAAUCUUUACAUUCAAACAUAGAUUCAUUUGAUUGUUCCAAACAAACAAAGUCUCUUGGAAGACUUCAAGAGCAACAUGAAAAACAGCAAGUGGUCUUGAAGAGUAAUGAGAAAAAUUCUGCUAUGCCAAUGCAGCUCAAGCCCACUCCGAGUUUUAAGCUAAUCACUCAAUGCGUAAAUCCUCAAAUCAAUGUCUCUUACACGACAAAGUCUGGGUUUGAAACCUCAAGCAAUCAUACCAGUGAGCCCAUUCCUCCUCUAAAACAUCAAACUAAGGCAGCAUCUAGUGAUCAAGUGACGACACUUUCUUCCCUUCAAAGUGGGCUUAGUACCUCCCCUCAUCAUUAUCUUCUCAAGAGCUCAAAUUUAAAAGGUCCUGUAUUCCUUUCGAGCGCACCAUCCAACGCUCCAGACAAAGUGACCAAAACACAGCCAACUUGCUACUUGUUGCCAAGGUCGAUUCCCUUUGUUCAAGCUCCAAGCAGCUCUGGCCUCAAGCUAGCAAGUGCAAAGCUCCCAUUGAACUCAGAUAGACCUGUUCUGGCCAUGCCUGUGAGUUCUAGCGACAAAUCGAGCAAUUUGCAGAGCGGUCGCCAAACGUUUUUGCUUCGCUACAUUUCUCCACCCAAGUCCAAUGUGCUUCUCAAUCAUCUGGAAACAAAAUCCAUCAGUCAGUCUUGCCACAGCAGAGACAAAAGAGGAAACAAAGUUGUAUUUAAAAUCGUGAGCCCUACCACGAGUCUGCUUAAGAGUGGCUCACCUUCCUCCAGUUGUCAACCUUUACUUUUGGCCACCUCGCCUCCAACCCAAUGUUUUCUUAUGCCUUCCAACAAAACAAAUGCAAAUGCUUGCAGCAACAUGAACAAGAUCAUGGUCAGGCAGAAUUCAGCCCAAAGCGCUGUCAGGGAAUCAAUGCCUCAAUUGACAUCCAAGUUGAAACCAAGUCAAGCAGAUAAACCUCAACUAGCUCCACGACCAAGUCGACCCCCAAGUCGAAGAAAAGUGCGCAGGAAAGUACUGUUUGAUGAGCUUCCAGAAACUGUCCAUAAAGCCAGAAGGUUCUCCAACCAAGUACAGACUGAGAAAGACACAACUGUCUUUUGGAGUCCCAUAGCAAAAGAAGUUGAAAGAACCUUGAGACUCGCCCCGUUCAACUUUCUACAGCAAAUUAAAUGCCCCCGUAGAUACCAACCAGUCGUCGUGCUUAAUCAUCCAGACGCUGAUAUUCCCGAAGUGGCCAAUAUAAUGAAGGUCAUCAAUCGACACAGAGGCGCUGUUGUCAAGGUGGCCCUUUCGCAGAAAACCGUUAAAGCGCUCGCUGAGCUUGGUACCCAAGGGGGGGAGAUUUUGACUGAAGGCGUUCUGCUGCAAAACAAUUCGCCGAGCCCACGAGCAAUUCAAAGCGUGGUCCGAGAGCGUUUCCUUCUCAAACUGAAGCUAAGGAAAAAGAACCAAAAAAAGUAUGAAGUUGUGGAACCUCUGUCAGAUAGUAGCCAAAAGACUGUGGUGUUCGACUGCUGGUUCUGUGGUCGGCUAUUCAACAGCCAAGAACAUUGGAUUGGCCACGGGCAGCGACAUCUCAUGGAGGCAACACGAGACUGGAACAAACUGUUGUAAAUGUUUUCACAUACCCUUAUAUAUGGCUAAACAGCAGGGUUACAGAUGUAUAUGACCUUUCACUAGGUUUUAUUUGCAUCUUUGUAAAUACAUUUUUUUAUUUGAAAUAUUUUAUUGGUGCUUUUUCUGAAAUUAAAUUGAGCUAACGUGACUUAAGUCAUGCACAUGUGUUUGAACUGUGAA